GGCGCUAGCCUGAAAUUCUUCUGUGACCAGAAGGAAUACAUUGGAAGAAGUGUCUACUACUGGAAGAAAAUCCUGAUUAGUUUGGAAACCAUCAAAAAGAACAGAAAUAUUCCUGAACCAACUGAUCCUCUCUUCAAACAUUUCCACAGUGUGGACAUUCAGGUCUUUCAGGUUGCAGGCUAUGAAGAAGAGGCACGUAUAGCAUUUGCGGUGCUGGAUGCAGUUGAAGGCAAAACUGACGAUGCCUUCCAAGCAUUCGAAGCUAUCAAGAAUGUGGUUUCAUACUGGAAUCUUGCCGAGCUUUGCCAAAGGAAGGCAGAGGAGAUGGUGAGUGGUGAUGUUUUGGCAGAAGAACAAGGAGAACACAAAGCCUACCUUCUUAAAAGAAAGCAGUACCUAACGAAGAUCAUUGAUGAGUUCUCCUCAGAUCUGUCAGUAGCUGACAAAGUAAGUAAUUCUUGCUCAACAUCUUGUUGGCGAGAUGCAGUGGUGUGGCUUACAGUUUCCAAGUGA